AGAGGUCAAAGCUGUUGGCAACUUAAACAUCGCAUAUACACGUUUUGUUGAAUAUCAUUGGACAUUUUUGACAACCCAAAAAGCUUGAGAUGUGGAUCAUAGUAUUCGGUCGGAAGGAAGUUUCACGGUAGAUGUGGCAGUGUCAUUCUACACAAAGAUUAAAAAAUGAAAUAAAUUGAAAAACAUAUCGUAAUUAUAUAGAUGCACCUCUAAAUAGAUCUAGUGGAUGUAUUAAAAUAAAAGAAAAAAGUAUAUUCAUCUUCGAAUAACAAUUUUCUACCGCGUUGAUUAUUGCGCAUAACUUAAACGUUUUGACAAGAAAAUGUAUGCAAUAUCAACAUGUGGUUAGGUAUUUUAUCUCAAGAACAUCUUCUAAUGAGAGAGAAACUUUUACAUGAAUUUAUACAAACCAAUUCAAGACGGACAGCUAAACUAUAGAAAGUGUUUGCCAGUGAUUGUGUCAGUGGACAGAAAAUAUACAUAAACAGACAGAAAAAUCUCAACAGGCAGGAACGCUUAUCACGUUAAAUUGAUUGCGUUUCAUCAUGAAUACAAAUAAGCCAAUUUUACAGAAGGAUUCAGUAGCAAGUCUUUUGUAGCACUGUCAAGUAAUAUUUUAUAUUUCGUUGAAAGCGACCUCAAAUAAAAAAAAACUAUUUUCAUUUCUUUUAGAAAAGAUAACAAAUACGAACGAUAUGAAGUUGAAAAAGCGCAUUUAUUGAUAUAUAUAUAUAUAUAAAACAUCAAUGUGGCUGUAGAGUAAGUACUUUAUAAUAUACAUAUAGAAUAUUGAUAAUUAUUGUACUUUAUUGUUACAAUAUUUUCAUCAAACGUGAAUAUUCAAGUAAAACUGGAUUUAAAAUUUAUACAAUAACUAUAUAUCCGCAUUGAUGUCAUAUAUUCAGGGCACUGGACGUUAUCUAAAGGACAAGUAAGUUCAUCAAACCAGUUUAAAGGAAUCUUUCAAAUUAUAAAUCUUCAUUAGUGCUACUUGAAUAGCAAUUCUUAUCGCUUUAUCGUAGUUUUAUAACCAAGUUAACUGUUUAACGAUCACCAAGUGUUUACUCGCAUACAGAAGAUAACUUUUAUUGCCUAGCAAUUUUGAAACAAUUGCCGCAUAAUUCAAAGUAAAUAGCGGUUAGUUUCCUAAAUAAAAUCUUAAGUACAUAUAGAGGAUUAAUGCUCCAAACCUUUCCUCCUGUAUGAUAUGAGGAGUAAGUGCGUACAGAAAAUUAUCCAUUGCGGAUAUCCUAGGAUAUUUCACUAAUGUAGUGAAUUCAUUUCCAAUUAUCGACAGGAAUUGGUACGUCUUAUUAGGGAAUGAGAAACACUCGAAUACCAUGGGAGAUUGUAUAAAAAUUUAGCUGGAAAUUAUUCAGACAAAUUUGUCAAGUGUGUCACCGAAAUGAGACGUUUGUUGUGGAGUUAAUCAGUUUUGUGUGUGAUUUUUACAGAUUGUAUGUUUAAUAUUAGCGAUUUUAUUAUAAGAGGCAUAUUUAACGUUAAAAUUAUUUAUCUAUUAUUGUGUAAUUUAUCAAACUUGAUUACUAUUUAGGAGUGUUUGCACUUGUGAACCUUAAAAUCGGAAGAUAGAACUAAAUAUAUGGGAUUGGAUGCAGAAUAUAUAAAAGUGCCUAUAGCAUACAUUGGCAGAAAGCGUUUAUGAAUCCAGGAUGGAUGGAACAAACACGGAUUGUUUUAAUGCUUCUGAUGCGGUAAUAGGCACUCCAACACCUGAUAUCGUUGUAAAAAUUGUUGCUCUUGGACUAAUAGACCUAGCUGUGGUGCUAGGUAAUAGCCUUGUGAUUGCCGCAGUUUUGACUACGAGGAAACUGAGAACAGUAACAAACAUAUUUAUUGUGUCUUUAGCAUGUGCUGACUUAUUACUUGGCUUCGCUGUAUUGCCGUUUUCAAUAUCUAUUGAAGUUGUGGAUAUUUGGUUGUGGGGUCAUAUCUGGUGUAACAUGUGGCUUGCAAUAGACGUAUGGUUAUGUACGGCUUCAAUAAUAAGUUUAUGUGCAAUAAGUCUGGAUAGAUAUGUUGCAGUGACGCACCCGAUUCGAUACCCAAGCAUAAUGUCACCUUUUCGUGGGCGCGUAUUAGUUUCGUUUGUGUGGAUUCUUUCUUUCGUAAUAUGUCUUCCGCCUUUAUUAGGCUGGAAUGAUGGCGGUGAAUCAGAGAGAAAGGAUGUUAACUUAUUUUUCAAUCGCUCAACUUCAAAUCUAGAUAAGCUUGUAGACAAUCCCACGGGAACAAAUGAGGAAUAUCUCUUUAAUCUAACCACCACGGAAUAUCUCGAUGGAUUGUUCUUCAAUUUUACAAUGUUGAUGAACAAAUCUAACACCUGUAAUACAGCAGGUCUAACAUGUGAACUUACACCCACAAAAGGUUAUAGAAUUUAUGCAGCUAUGGGGUCAUUCUUUAUUCCCGCACUGGUGAUGGUAUUUUUCUAUUUUAGAAUAUACCUUACUGCUGUCCGUACAGCUGCAUCGCUAAGGAAAGGUGUACUUACAACUCGUGCUCGUAGCGAAUUAGCACAUCAGAAUGGAUAUGGUGUUGAAGAAAUACAUCUACGUAUACACCGAGGUGGCGGGUCUUCAAGAUACUCUUCGAAUCGUAGUUAUGAUUGGAAGACAGCUUCACAACGUAACCCAAAGAAGGAACGUCAUAGGUCACCUCAGUUGGAGCCUCGGACUCCUGUAAAUGCACCAAAUACUCGUGAAUGUAAUGGUCGAGCUCAUCUUAUCCUGCAAGACAAUAAAACAAUAAACAUGGACAACAAUGGUAACUGUUCGAAAUGGUCUCAAAAUAUCUUUAAGCCAUUCGCAAAACAAUUUAAAAGAUCUAAGGAAAAAUCUUAUGCCCAAUCCAGCGAAGAGGACUCUACAGAAAUGGAUAUUUUAAAUUCUGAAAGUAAUAAAAGCAAUAGUCUUGUAAAGCCAAACUCACUUCGUUUAGACGGAGAUAGUCCUAACAAUUCUCCUGCUCAGUCUCUCAAGAGAUCACCGCGAAGAAUAAAAUUGCUCAUACGAGAAGGGAAAGCCACAUCGUCCGUCAAAGGACAUGCAAGAAAAUUUAAAAGAGAAGCUAAAGCUGCAAAAACUCUGGCAAUAAUUGUAGGCGCUUUCAUUGUGUGCUGGUGUCCAUUUUUUACAAUAUAUUUAUUAGGCGCUUUUUGUCAUGACUGCGUAAGUGAUAUCGUUUUUGCUGUAUUUUUCUGGCUAGGAUAUUGCAACUCGGCGUUAAAUCCUUGCAUAUAUGCGUUGUUUGCAAGAGACUUCAGAACUGCUUUCAAAAGACUUUUAUUUUGCAAACGACGAAAGGGACUGACUCCGGCAUCACGUGCAGAUUAUAUCACUGGGGCUAGAAACAGAAUGACAACACCAGUACAUGAUGACAGCACGUCAGAUUACUAACAUUGAAAUUAUAAUACAAUAGUGCAAUAUUAUCAUAUAAUUUACUUGCAUGAUUUAUAAACUAAAUGCUGAUAUUUUACAAAUGGAACUAUUAUUUACCUACUUGAAAAUCAUUUCAUUUUCUGAAGUCAUUUCUAUACUGAUUGAUUAUAAUGUAAUUUAUUCAUGUCAUAUUAGCUUUAAUCAGUUUAAAACUUUUAUUAUAAAGGUCACUUUUUUCUCUUUAUAAUUCGAAUACAUGCAUUUAUGAUUUUCAAGAUUAGGAUUAAGGACUAUUUGUUUUUUUAAUUAUUAAAUCAUGCAUUUAAUAGAGAAAAAAGUUAUACUAGUUAUUAUAUAUAAACAUUUAUUUAUGUAAAUCUGAAAUGA